CCUUGCGCACCUAGUACGGAGUACAUACCUUGAAUGAUCGCCUCCCAUGCUAUCAAAUGUUUUCCCCUCAUUAUCUAACCCUAGGUACCUACCUAGGUAGGUAGCUUGGUAGGUAUUUACCUCGGUCGAGGCUACCUAGCUAGGCAGGUACGUUCCGAGACUUAUGAGAGGCUUAUAUGCCCACCUAGGCACCAGGGAUCAGCAUUUCCACAUCACUUCCACAGUCCUAGCAAAGCAGUCUUCCGAAGUUUCUAAUUUUCUGGCCCAAGUGAUCUGCCGAGACUCUUCGCAACCAUGAACAUUGACAAGACCGAACUCACCACCGCCACCUCCUCGACCCAGCUGGAAUGCAUCGGCAGGGGCGAGUGCGGAACCGUCUGGGCCGAUCCCGGGCCCGCGGGUGACGACAUUGCUAGGCUUGUCAUGAAGCGGGAAGAGGGGGGGGAUUUGGGCCACCCGGUUGCGAUCGAAUAUCAGGUCUACAGGCGCCUGGUGCAAGCCUCCCAGAAUAUGCACCCACUGGUCAUCAAUAGCUUCAGCAUCCCUUCAUGUCACGAAUUUCUCGACAAAGACAACAUAGCCUGGUCCGAGAUCCUCCCCCGUCUGCCCCCAAAUUCCGCGGCAUGCAACGCCCUGAUCAACGAGAAGAUCCGUCCCUUGCCACUCUCCGCCCGCAGCCUGCUCAUGCAGCAAUACUACCAGAACCACGACCAAGACGCGGUGAGGAACACACACUGCCUGGUUCGCCCUUACCUCGGCCGACGCCGACGCAGGUCAUCCCAGCACGGACAGCCGAGAUUCCGCGUCUUCAACCUGCGGAAGUUCCCACUCCACCAAAACCUGUUGGCAGAGCUCGACCUGGACCUGGAAGGCUAUGCCACGGCGAUGGCCGACGCCCUCGCCUUCCUCCACUGGUGCGCCAGAGUCGACGCCGACGGCGUGGAAUUCGUCCUGGCGCCUCCACGGCCGCGUCGCCAGCCCCAGGCCCAGGCCCAGGCCGAGGCCCAGCACCCAUCCGCGGUCGAUCUCGAUGGUGGUACCCCGUUUGGGCCCGGAACCGCUACGCUCUUCGACUCGCCCGUCCUCGGCCCCCACGCCUUGUGGUUGCUGGACUUUAACUCUUGCCAGGAGAUGGCCAUGGACCCGGACGGCAUGAGACAGGCGGCGGCGUGUUUCUGGCGGAAUGACCCUUACUAUCCGCGGCCGGGGGGUGUGAACGCCCUCGACUAGAGGCUGUGGGGUGUCUUUCGGGACCGGUUCCUGGAUACUAGUGCUUCGAUACUCAGGGGGGAGGAAGUACUCGUUAGGCGGCUGCCGGAGAUACUGAUAGACAGGAUCGUGGAUACCCGCCCGCGAUAAGUCU